AUGUCUUCUCGCCCUCCAACGCCGCCUAGCGAGCCCCCUUGGGAAGAUGAGGACUUCCGGUUCGCGACGAAUGGCACUGCUUGUGAAUGGGGUGAAGCAUACCAUCCGGGCGGUUAUCACCCCAUUCAUCUCGGUGAUGUGAUACAAGAACGAUACCGCAUCAUUCGUAAAUUGGGAUGGGGCCAGUUCUCCACGGUCUGGCUCGCUGUCGACAUGCAGAUGAACCGCUAUGUGUCUUUGAAGAUCACUCUUGCAACUCAGAAAAGCGACACAGGCAAAGAGGUCUCUCUCUAUAGAUCUCACCUUCACGAUGAGUCCCCAUUUCUCGUAGUCCUUCAUGACACGAUUAAGAUCAAGGGUCCCAAUGGAGAACAUGAUAGCCUUGUAUUUGAGACCAUGGGUCCAAACUUGAUAGCUCUUCUCAAGAUGAGGCCAGAGUAUCAAUUUGGUGAGCCUUGGGAUAGAAGGUUCACAAAGUCCUUCGCAAAGCAUGCGCUACGAGACACUAUCCAAGCGCUGCACUUCCUUCACGAACACGGUGUUAUUCACGGCGAUUUACAUCCAGGCAACAUCCUCACUUGUGUAGAGCAGCUAGAGGUUACUCCGGAGACAGAGAUGAACUUGAAGCAGUCUGAGAGCGAUGCUCAGCCGCUCAAACGUAAAGAUGGGAAGAACGAUCUAUGGGCCCCAUCAUAUCUUCUUGAACCUCGGCCUUUGAAUGAUCACUUCUCAUAUGACCUUCAUCCACUUGUGAAGCUCAGUGACUUGGGCGGUGCAUUCACUGAAGAAGACCCCAUAAUGGGUGCUAAGGCUAUCACGCCGGUUGCUCUGAGAGCCCCAGAGACGAUUCUUGACGAACGUCUGGGCAAAGGUAUCGACAUAUGGGCCUUUGGCUGUCUGGUUUUUGAGAUGAUCGUCGGCCGAUCUCUGUUCGUCGCAAUCCAAUCUCUUGAGGGAGAGGACUAUGAUGAGACUUCUAAUGACGAGCAUCUCAUUCAGAUCAGCGAGGUUAUUGGACCGCUACCCCAACCACUACUCGAGAAGUGGCGGCGAGCAGAUCAGUAUUUUGAUACAAGUGGUAAGAGGCUGGAAGUUAAGCCUCAAGAGGACGACUAUGUGAGCGGCGAUGAGGAUAUGGAGUUAGUAGAUGGGACAGACGAGGAAAGUGAUGGUCCUCCGCUCGCAUAUCUUGGUCGCUUUCUCUCUCUCGAGGAUCAGUUUAUGGCGGAAAGGCCAGGCGAUAUUGAUGAGGCGGAAGCGAAGGAGAUCAUAGCGCUGUUGCGCUGGGUCUUCCGAUAUGACCCGGCUGAUCGGCCGUCAACCAGUGAUCUGAUCGACCAUCCUUGGCUUCGUUCAGCUACAUAG